CGAGUGCCAGGACUGGAUGAGUAAUGUGUAUCCAACACUGAGGACUGGUCCGUACCGUGUGCGCCUGCGCAACUUCACGAGCGCCUAGAAACCGGUAACUGAAACCCCCUGCUCGAGACCUGUCGGCUCAGCUGUUGGGGCCCCGCCGUUUCGGACCUGAGCGCCCACCCGUGACACCCAGCGAGCCGAGGCCUGGCCGCGUCUCCUUGGUCGGUGAAGGGCCUAGUCCCGCCCCUCCGAGCUAACGCCAGCAGCCACGUAUCACGUUCUACGCGUCUGGAGCCUGAAAGCGGAAGUUGCGCCGGAGACUCGCGAGCGGAGCGCCGGGCCUGAAAGGAUAUAGGCCGCAAGAGGAAAAGGGGCGGGCCGACGGCAUUGGAAGGCGCCGGAAGUGGUCGUGUUGAGGAGGGGUGGGAGAGGGGUGGGCCAGGCAGUUCACUUGGCUGUUGCUGGGCGCUUCGGUAAGGCGUACUUUCGCUUCUUUCCGAAAGCCUGGCCCAGUGUCUCCGCCUCAGCCAACAUGGAUUUCAGGGAAAUUCUCCUGAUAGCCUCCAAAGGACAGGGUGUCAACAAUGUGCCGAAAAGGUAUAGUUUGGCAGUGGGGCCUCCCAAAAAAGAUCCGAAAGUUAAGGGUGUCCAAUCUGCAGCCGUUCAGGCUUUUCUCAGAAGAAAAGAGGAGGAGCUCAGGCAAAAAGCUUUAGAGGAGAAAAGGAGAAAAGAAGAACUAGUGAAAAAGAGAAUUGAGCUAAAACAUGACAAGAAAGCAAGAGCUAUGGCCAAAAGGACAAAGGAUAAUUUCCAUGGUUACAACGGGAUUCCCGUUGAGGAAAAGUCAAAGAAGAGGCAGGCAGUGGAGCGCCACACUAGCCAGGGAACAGAACAAGAGUAUGAGAUGGAAGAAGAAGAUGAAUUCUUAGAAUACAAUCAAGCAGAGUCCGAGCAGGAGUAUGAGGAAGAGCAAGAACCUCCCAAAGUUGAAAGCAAACCAAAGGUCCCCCUUAAAAGUGCCCCACCGCUCAUGAACUUCACUGAUCUACUCAGGCUGGCUGAGAAAAAACAGUACGAACCAGUGGAGAUCAAGGCAGUGAAGAAAACAGAAGAGCGGCCUAUGACUGCAGAAGAACUUAGGGAGCGAGAAUUCCUUGAAAGAAAGCAGAGGAAAAUGAGACCUGAGACAGAUGCAAGACUACCUCCAACCAAAAAGGCACCCUCUCAGAAAGAAAGUGUGGGCACAAAACUUAGCAAGCAUCCUUCUUCCAGGGGUACUCCCCUUCCUCAUGCUGAGAAGAAAUCCAGACCCAGCACAGCCACUGAGAAACACUUAGGUGUGUCUUCAUCCAAAUCCAUGCAAGGAGAGAGGACCAAAGCAGGAUCUGUCGGUUGUUCUCAACCCUUACUUCGUGAGAGCCAUGACAGACCUGUCUUCAAUGGGGCUGGAAAGCCCCACUCCAGUACCUAUUCACCAAGUGUCCCAAAGACUUCUGCUAAAGGGACUCAGAAAUCUGCUACUGAGCACAAAGCCAAAAAAUCUCCUCCCCAUCCUAGCCAUUCCAGGCCUGGGCUCAUGGUUACCCCACACAAUAAAGCUAAGAGUCCAGGUACCAGGCAGCCAGGCAACAGCUCCAGCUCAGCUUCUGGAAGGCCGGGGACAGGGACUGCUCGGCCUACAGUUAGUUCUGGCCCCGUGCCCAGGCGCCAGAAUGGCAGCUCCAGCUCAGGACCCGAGCGAUUGGUCAGUGGGACCAAGAGGCCAGCCAGUGACUUAAGUCUCUCCGGACGGACACUCAGUGGUACAGGUGGCCCUGGGCACCCUGCAGGCAGCUCAAGUGGCCCUGGGCGACCCACCAGUGGCUCAGGUGGUUCUGGGAGAGCUAUGGGCAGCUCUGGUGGCCCUGGACGACCCAUGCGCAAUCCACAUGACCUUCGACGACCAGUGAGUGGCUCUGGCCCCCCUGGGCGGCCAAUCAGUGGCCCUGGGCAGCCAGUCAUUGGCGCUGUGCGACCAGUCAGUGGUCCUGGGCGGCCAGUCAGUGGCCCUGGGCGGCCAGUCAGUGGUCCUGGUCAAUCAGUAAGUGGCUCAGUUCUGGCUGGACGGACUGUCAGUAGUUCAGGGCCCGGAAGACCAGUGAGCAGCUUGGGACCUGGGCGACCAGUUGGUAGCUCCAGUCUCCCCCUAAAGCCCAAGUGCACCGUUGUCUCAGAAACAAUUUCUUCCAAGAAUAUAAUUAGCCGAUCCAGCAAUGGACAGAUGAAUGGAAUGAAGCCUUCUUUAUCUGGCUACAGAUCUGCUCAAGUUCCUCAAAGACCUCCCUUCCCUAGUGGCUACAAAAGGCAGCGAGAAUAUGAAGAGGAGGAAGAUGAUGAAUAUGACUCGGAAAUGGAAGAUUUUAUUGAAGAUGAAGGAGAACCUCAGGAAGAAAUAUCCAAGCACAUUCGAGAGAUCUUUGGCUAUGACCGAAAAAAAUACAAAGAUGAAAGCGAUUAUGCCUUACGUUACAUGGAGAGUAGUUGGAAAGAACAGCAGAAGGAAGAAGCAAAGAGUUUAAGACUAGGUAUGCAGGAGGACUUAGAGGAAAUGAGACGUGAAGAAGAAGAAAUGAAGCGUCGAAAAGCCAAGAAGCUGAAGAAGCGUUAGCUGCUGCUUGUAUUUAUUUUUGUGAAAUUCUGGAGACUCUCUGUUGCAAGGAGGUCCUGCCUUCAGAAUGAAGAAUCCCCUUUAUGAUUUUAGAUUUAUACUUGGGUACUCAAGGAGAAGGGAUGCAUACUGUCAUUUGUAGGCUGUCAUUGGAGCAUAAAGUAUUUUCAAAUACUUUCCAGGGUUAGAUCUGUAAUGCAGAUGAUAGAAUGCCCAGUUGAGUGCUCUUAGGAAGUUAACUGUUCACAGGUGCCAGCCUUGAUCCUGAUGAGCUAUGCACUCUAAGGUGGGGCCACUCACCAGCCAGCCAAUCUUAACAUUGUUUCUUUGCUACUUCGAAAAGGAAACAAAAAGGAUUGCCUCGUGACUUCAUAAUUCUGCUGAUGUGUGAGUAGGGCACUGCCUGGCUCCCAAUUAACUUUGUCUUUCAAUGAGGAACCUGGCCCCUUCCAUGAAUGUUGCCAGCAAUAAAGUGACCUGUCCUAAUCUAUAUGUUUGGAUUGAGAACUUGAAAAUGUAGAGUAGGCUUUAUAAUUAUCAUAUGGAUAUCAUCUCUGUGACUUUGAAGUAAAAAGUAGAAUAAAUUAUAUUGUAUUCUGCAUUAUUUGUGGAUUGGAUGCUGAGCAUUCUUACUAAUUUAGGUGAUAAGGCAAUUAAAAAUUUUUUUUCAAGUUAAAAUACAAGUUAUGCCAUUUAGUUUAAAAAUAUAUGUUUCCAAGUUUUCAUUUCAGAUUUACUGUUAUAUUGGCUUUAGUAUAAAAUAGACAAGGUCACUGUGCUGAUUGAUUUUUAUCUACAAAAUUCAUUUUUAUAUUGAAGAAAAAUGCUUAUUUUAUUCAAACAUUAGAUUUGGAAGAGUAAUAGUUUAAAAACUGAGGAAGUGACAUGUGAGACUCCCCUUUCCUCUCUUCCUUCAUUAUAAAAAUAUUUUGGAAAAAGGUACCCCUGUACCUCUUGAUAUAAUGACUGCAUUUUAUCUUAAAUUCUUUAGCAAUUAAUGGCAAAAACCAAAAACUAAAUUCAUGUGUAUCAAGAGCACCACCUUCUCUUUUGCCCAUAUUGCACUUUUAUUUCAAACUAUGCACUGUGAAGAGAUGUUUUUCCCAGGUUGGAAAGGAUGUUCCCUGUUACUAGUAUUUCACUGGGCUGUGGAACUUUCUUCAUUCUCACUUUUUUUAAAGUCAUAUUUAUAGACUUGAUAUCUCUUAAGCCUCAAAUCCUGGCAAUUCCAAUCAGGCUGACGUAGAUUCUGGCUGGAGAGAAGCCAAGUCUCAAGGAAAGUCAACAACGGAAAAUGAGAUACGAUGCUAGAGAGUAUUUGUCCUAGGUUCUAAAUGUGGAGGGUUGGGAGCAGUGGGACAUAAGCUUGUAAAACAGUUCCAGGUUGCUUUCAUGUAUUCCUUUUUAUCCAUAAAGCUUUCUUUAUUCUAGUUUGGUAGUAGAGAUGACUGUUGUUAGCCUCCCUUAAUGGGACAGCCAUGUGACCCAGGCCCUUAAGACUCUCAUUUUGAAUUGAGUUUCAAAUUUCAAAAGUUUAAGGAUUUAACUUUGAAGCUGAAUCCUGUGAAAGAUGUAUUUAUCACUACGAAUAACACCCUAACAUCCACACAGAACUGUUACAUUAGCAGGAAAUCCUAUCCGCUGCCUCUCACCCAUUUCAAAUACCUUCAGUGAAACUGAUUUAAAGGUAGUGUGCUGUUCCAUGUAAUGAAACAGGUUUGGAACAUUUCCUUUGCUGUCACUCUUGUGCUUCCCCCCUGACCCCCUUCAAAAGUUUUUUUCUUGGAUGUAUUUUUUCAAUAUGCAGACUUUGAAAAUCUAUUACAAUCAAGUGCUUAUCAUAGCCAAAAGAUUUCUCGUGGCUUAAAGUUUACUAGCACUUUACUCAAUAUGCAGUUAUUUGUACUUAAAGGCCCCACUGUGCUUGAUAAUAAAAGUUCCAGACCUUGAAAAGUCAGGUUGUGUCCUUAUGUGUGUAUCACUUUUGAAUGCAUUUCUUCUAUGGAUGUUAUUCUUCUUCAGCAUCAGCAUUAUAAAAAAGGGCACUUCUGUAGCUCAGUUAAAAAGAAAGUCCUGAGAAAGUCUUUUAAAUUAGUCUUGGCCUUGUUUCCAAAUCCUGUCUUCCAUUUUGUUCUGCAGUUCCUGACCACUCUUCCGAAAAGCCCACAAAUCUUUGAAGAAACUGGAAUAAGCUGUUAUUUUAUCAAGGUUUACAAAUUAAGUGCUUGGUUUUUAACGUAUCCUCUACCAUUUUGGUUUUCAGAUUUUUAUUAAUUCAAUAUCUGAAGAUGUGCCUUUUAUUGGGUAAUGUUAAUUCACGAAUGUAGUAAUGUUAUUUCACGAUUGUAAUGUUACAUGAUCAUGGGUGUGGCAUUCUCUACAGAUGAUGUGAAAGGAAAGUAGUUUUCAUAAAACUCCUAUGGCUCUGAUUGCACAGUCCCGCUUGCUUUUGAUGUUGCUAUGUCAAAGCAAGGGGCACUUUCUUUUCAAGCUACUUUCAGAACUUGUCUUUGUAUUUUCUCUACACUGUAAAUGCAGUUAUGUCCCUUGGAGGCCAGGGUACCACAUGUCACAGACAGCCUUACAUGUGUGCCAGGAGAGGGUUCAAAGAACAAAAAAGAAAGUAUAUGGCAACUCGAAAUUUCAUUUUUUUACUGUUACCCCAAGAUUCUCUCCAAGAAAUUACUGUUUUGUAUUUUGUAACUUAAAAGCAGCUAUUAGUACAUUUCUGAGAUAUAGCACGAGACCAAAACAUGUUUGGAAAGAGAAUAAAUAUAUGAAGAGAGACUGGUUGGUUUAUUUUCAAUGUGCUGAAUAUAUUAGACUACUAUUUAUUUUGUGAGUGGAUGUGAUAAAAUAAAUAUUCAGGUGUUCAGUGUAUGCUAAAGAGUGAGAUAUAGAUUUCUUUGGAGUUAUUAAAUCCAUCAUGUCUUUUACAUAAUGGACAAAUCAAGUUUUAAAAAAGAAAACAUUUACCUAGCUUAGCUUGUUUUCUGGUGCUGUUGACCUGCAAGAGAAUCUACUUUUGCAUAUACAGGUGAAAGUUUUGCAAUUUAUGUAUAAAAGAAAUUGUAGGCAUUAAAAAUAUUUUAUUGAUAUUUUCA